CAUCUGAAACUGGGAUAAAUAUAAUCCGUAUUAUCACACCACCUUGCCAUACGAUCAGUGCCUUAUCUUUGAUAUAGUAUGACAUAAAAAUGGACGAUAGUAUUUCGACCUAACAUAUUGUGUUUGGAACGAGGACGAAUAAGAGGUUUAAAAUGAGGAGUCUCCUCGUUUUGUCUUUGUUUCUUCUGUCUCAAGUCUACAGCCAGGAAAAAGAACUGGAUUGGUGGGAGACUACGAUUUUCUAUCAGAUCUAUCCAAGGUCAUUCAAAGAUAGCGAUGGAGAUGGCAUUGGUGACUUAAACGGUAUAACCGAAAAUUUAGAAUACCUCAAGGAAUUGGGAGUUGGAGCAACUUGGUUGUCCCCCAUUUUUAAAUCACCCAUGUAUGAUUUUGGAUAUGAUAUAGCAGAUUUUUAUGACAUCCAAGAAGAGUAUGGUACCAUGGAGGAUUUCGAAAAAUUAAUCAGUAAAGCAAAUGAGCUAGAUAUUAAAUUAAUUCUUGAUUUUGUGCCUAAUCAUACUAGCAACGAAAGUGUAUGGUUUGACGAAGCUCUAAAAGGUCAUGAAAAAUAUUAUAACUAUUUCGUUUGGGAAGAUGGUGUAGUCGAUGAAAACGGACAAUUAGGACCACCUAACAACUGGGUUAGUGUAUUCCGUAAAAGUGCUUGGGAAUACAAAGAAGAAGUUGGAAAAUAUUAUCUUCAUCAAUUUGUAAUUGGGCAACCAGACUUAAACUACCGUAACCCUGAUGUAGUAGAAGAGAUGAAGAACGUUAUACGGUUUUGGCUGGACAAAGGUGUUGCUGGAUUUAGGGUUGAUGCUAUAUCUCAUCUAUUCGAAGUUGAUAAAGCAUUGUAUGGUGGCAGCUAUCCUGAUGAACCACGUUCAGGAAAUUUAAAUGCUGAUCCGAUGGAUUAUAGUUACUUAGAUCACGUUUAUACCCAAGAUCUAGAUGAGACAUAUGAAAUGGUUUAUCAAUGGAGGGAGGUUUUAGAAGAGUAUAAAGCCAGAGAUGGAUUAAGCAGAGUCAUGAUGACUGAGGCUUAUUCUAGCCCUCAGAAUACUAUGCGAUACUUUGGAAAUGGUGACCGUGAAGGUGCACAAAUGCCAUUCAACUUUAAUCUAAUUACUGAUGUUAAUGGUGAUUCAACAGCAGCUGAAAUAAAAUAUGCUCUCGACAAAUUUUUGACCUUUAAACCUAUUGACAAAUUAGCAAACUGGGUGGCUGGGAAUCACGAUAACAACAGAGUCGCAUCCAGAUAUAGACCUGAAUUAGUAGAUGGUAUGAAUAUGAUUGUUAUGCUUCUACCUGGCAUAGCUGUUACUUACAUGGGUGAAGAAAUCGGAAUGGUUGAUGGGUACGUAAGCUGGGAAGAUACAGUUGAUCCAAGUGGUUGCAAUACUGAUGACCCUAUUAAUUACUGGACAGCGUCCAGAGAUCCUGAAAGAACGCCUUUCCAAUGGAAUGCUGACAAAAAUGCAGGGUUUUCAACUGGAGAUAAAACAUGGUUACCCGUGGCUGAUGGCUAUGAAAACCUCAACGUAGAAGUUCAAAGAAAUACUGACAGAUCACACCUGAAUGUAUACAAAGCUUUAGUGAAUCUGCGCUCUGGAAAUGUUUUUAGAUAUGGAAGAUAUGAAUCUGUUGCACUUAACAGCGAUAUCUUUGCGUUCAGAAGAUGGUAUAAUGGUGACACUUAUGUCGUAGUGAUUAACUUUAGGGACGUUCCAUACACCAUAGAUUUGACGUACUUUGAAAACGUCAAUGGACAUUUGGAAGUAGUAGUUAGCAGCAUACACUCACAAAAGGAAGCUGGAAACCACGUGGAAUCUUCGGCUGUGAAUGUCGUUGAGUAUGAAGCACUAGUACUGAAAGUUUUGUAAAUACCUACCUACCGUUGAUUAAUAAAAAUAAAUUUACUGCAAAAAU